UUCCUUCUUCUUCGUUAUGGAGCAUUUGCCAAAUAAAGCAAAAAGCUAAUUUAAAAAAAUAAUAAUUUUAAAAGAUUAUAGUGGCAUGUGCCUCGUGUCUGUCCUUGAAUAGUUAAUUGUAAUUUUAUUAAUAGUAAAAAAUAUAUAUUCUUAUUGUGUGUUUAAGAAGUAGAAAUUAGCUCACACCAUGUUUUAUCAAUUCAAAUAGAUACACCCCUGAUACAAGACUUAAUUAAGCCUAGAAAUCUGUGUUAAAGCAGUGUUUCUUUUUGAAAAUGUAAUUGCUUGUCAAAGGAUCAGGCAGGGAAAUGAGUACGCGAACUCUAACUAUAAAGUGAUAAAGCGAAACUGAAAAUGACAUCAUUUCAUGCUGAGCUACAUGACUCCUGAAUGAAGUACAACGGGCGCAACUUUCGCUGUGUUCUUGAUCCAGUGCCACUGCUAGGUGCCAGGCCAGCUAUCCCUAAGCAUGGUGAACACACUGCUGCCCCUGUAAGGAGUCGCUGGGGAUGAGGAGGAGGAGAAGGAGGCCGCUGCCUCUGGGAGGAGUCUUUCUGAGGCACAUGAGGAAGAAGGAGCCGAGUCAGUCAUGAGCUCUGUGGAGGCCACUGAGGAGACGAGCCCUGAGAGGGUCCAGCUGAAGAGAGCCGUGUCACCUGUGCCCAGCUGUCUGUCCAUGAAAAGUGACGAAUCAUUACCUCGGUCAAUCACCUUCGAAGAGACAUGUGAUCCAAUGGUCCAAAUUAAGAGAGCAGACUCACCCAGCUGUCUGUCCAUGAAAAGUGACGAAUCAUUACCUCGGUCAAUCACCUUCGAAGAGACAUGUGAUCCAAUAGGAGUCUCUGGGGAUGAGGAGGAGGAGGAGGAGGCCGCCGCCUCUGGGAGGAGUCUUUCUGAGGCACAUGAGGAAGAAGGAGCCGAGUCAGUCAUGAGCUCUGUGGAGGCCACUGAGGAGACGAGCCCUGAGAGGGUCCAGCUGAAGAGAGCCGUGUCACCUGUGCCCAGCUGUCUGUCCAUGAAAAGUGACAAUUCAAUGCCUUUGAAAAUCAACUUCGAAGACCAACAAGAGACAUGUGAUCAAAUGGUCCAAAUUAAGAGCGCAGACUCACCCAGCUGUCUGUCCAUGAAGAGUGAGGACUCAAUACCUCGGUCAGUCACCUUCAAAGACAGACAAGAGAAGUUUCAUCCAAGGGUACAGCAGGAGAGAACCUUGUCACCUGUGCACAGCUGUCUGUCCAUGAAAAGUGACAAUUCAAUGCCUUUGAUAAUCAACUUCGAAGACCAACCAGAGACAUGUGAUCCAAUGGUCCAAAUUAAGAGAGCAGACUCACCCAGCUGUCUGUCCAUGAAGAGUGAGGACUCAAUACCUCGGUCAAUCACCUUCAAAGAAAGACCAGAGAAGUUUCAUCCAAGGAUACAGCAGGAGAGAGCCAUGUCACCUGUGCCCAGCUGUCUGUCCAUGAAAAGUGACGAUUCAAUGCCUUUGAUAAUCAACUUCGAAGACCAACAAGACACGUGUGAUCCAAUGUACUUCAGUUCUGGUUUACCUUGUUUUCUGUCCUCCUUUCAUGUGAGGUCAAUAAUACAUAUAAUCCAUGUUCUUUUAGAUGUGUCCAAAAGAGAAGUCCGGCAGGAAUUGAAAGCAAAGCUAAAACAGAAAUACCAACACAUAUUUGAAGGGAUAACAAAGCAGGGAAAUCAAACCCUACUCAAUGACAUCUAUACAGAUGUGUACAUUACGGAGGGAGAGAGCGAAGGAGUUAAUAAUGAACAUGAAGUGAGGCAGAUCGAGACGACAGCCAAGAAAACAAGUACUCUGGAAAUUGCAAUCAACUGCAACAACAUAUUUAAGCCUUUAACCAGUCAAGAGAAACCAGUCAGAACUGUACUGACAAAGGGGAUCGCUGGCAUUGGAAAAACAGUCUCUGUGCAGAAGUUCAUCCUUGACUGGGCAGAAGGAAAAGCAAAUCAGGAUAUUCAUUUAAUGUUUCCUCUUCAGUUCCGCGAUCUUAAUCUUAAGAAACAUAAAGAAUAUAGUCUAAUGGGACUUCUUCAUCGCUACUUUCCAGAACUAAAAGUGACUACAGAUGAUGAACUUGAUAGAGUCAAAACUGUUUUCAUCUUUGAUGGUUUGGAUGAGUGUCGACUCCCUCUAGACUUCCAGAAUAAUUUUACCUGUUGUGAUGUAUCAAAGACAACAUCACUGGAUGUGCUGUUGACUAACCUCAUUAAGGGGAAUCUGCUCCCAUCCGCUCUCCUCUGGAUAACCUCCCGACCAGCCGCAGCCAGUCAGAUCCCUCCUCAGUGUGUCCACCGGGUGACUGAUAUACGAGGCUUUAAUGAUCCGCAGAAGAAGGAAUACUUUACAAAGAGAUUUAUCGAUCAGGACUUGGCCAGUACCAUAUUUUCACAUAUAAAAUCAUCAAGGAGCCUAUUCAUCAUGUGUCAUAUACCAGUGUUCUGUUGGAUUUCAGCAACUGUCUUUGAGCAAAUGUUUAAUAAUGAAGAGCAAGAGGAAAUUCCUACAACACUGACACAAAUGUACACACAUUUCUUACUAAUUCAAAUAAACAGAAAAAAUCAGAAGUAUCAUGCAAUGAAUGAGCUGCUACAAUCUGACAAAGAGAUCAUUCUGAAACUAGGUGAACUGGCAUUUCAGCAUCUGGUAAAAGGGCAUUUAAUAUUUUAUGAAGAGGACUUGAAAGAGUGUGGCAUAGAUAUCGGUGAAGCUUCAGUAUACUCUGGAGUGUGUACAGAAAUCUUUAAAGAAGAAGAUGUGAUGUCUCAAAGGAAAGUGUACAGCUUUGUGCACCUAACUGUUCAGGAGUUUUUGGCUGCAGUCUAUGUGUUUGAGUCAUUUACAAACAACAACAUUAAUGUGCUUGAGAAAAGUGCAGCCAUUGUAAAAGAAUCCAUAACUUACCUGUUCAAAAGUGCCAUUGAUAAGGCUUUACAGAGUAAAACUGGACACCUGGACCUUUUCCUCCGCUUUCUUCUUGGCAUUUCAAUGGACUCUAAUCAGAGAUUCUUGCAAUGUCUAAUGAGACAAGCAGAAAGAAGCUCAGAGAGUGUUGAGGAGACCAUUAGAUACAUCAAAGAGAAGAUCAGGGGGAAUCUUUGUACUGAGAGGUCGAUUAAUCUGUUUUAUUGUCUGAAUGAGCUGAGUGACAACUCUCUAGUACAGGAAAUCCAAAGUUACCUGAGCUCAGGUGGCCUUUCGACAGAGUACCUCUCAGCUACACAGUGGUCGGCUCUUGUCUUUGUAUUGAUGACAUCAGAGGGAGAGCAGGACGUCUUUGAUUUGAAAAAGUACAUCAAAUCAGAAGAAGCACUGAAGAGGCUCCUUCCAGUGAUCAGGAUCUCCAGAACAGUUCUCCUGGACCAGUGUAACCUUACAGAGGACUGUAGCGAAGACCUGGUUUCAACUCUCAGCUCCCCACAGCUGAGAGAGCUGGACCUGAGUGGCAAUGACCUAAAAGACUCAGGAGUGAAGCUGCUCUCUGAUGGACUGAGGAAUCCACACUGUAAACUGGAGACACUGAGGCUAAUCCAAUGUAACCUCGGAGUAGAGAGCUGUGAAUGGCUGGCCUCAGCUCUCAGCUCAGACUCCUCACACCUGAGAGAGCUGGAUCUGAGUGACAAUGACCUGCAGGAUUCAGGAGUGAAGCUGCUCUCCGAUGGACUGAGGAAUCCACACUGUAAACUGGAGAUCCUGAGAUUGCACCAGUGUAAACUUAGAGAAGAAUGUUGUGAAGAGCUGGCCUCAGCUCUCAGCUCAGACUCCUCACACCUGACAGAGCUGGAUCUGAGACUGUUACUCUUGUCUGCAGAUGCCUGCCACUUUACAAUGGAUCUUGACACAAUACACCAGUGGCUGUUUCUGUCAGAGGGGAACAGCAAAGUGACACGUGAUGAAGACGGUCAGAUUUACCCCGAGCACCCGGACAGAUUUGACUACUGGCCUCAAGUGCUGUGCAGAGAGGGUCUAACUGGUCGCUGCUACUGGGAGAUCGAGUGGCACGAGGGGCCGGGUGCUAACGUGGGAGUGGCUUAUCGGGGGCUCGGCAGGAAAGGGGCGGGCUUCGAGUGCGGGCUGGGACGCAACGAGAAGUCGUGGAGCGUGCGGUGCUUCGACGACACCUACAUCGCCAGGCAUGGCAACGUGGACACUGCUAUCCCGGCCCCGGCCUGCCCCUCCUGCAGAGUGGGCGUGUUCCUGGAUUGGCCAGCCGGGACCCUGUGCUUCUACAGCAUUUCCCCUGGCAAACCGACUCUCCUGCACAGGUUCACCUCCAGGUUCACUGAGCCCCUCUAUCCUGGCUUUGGCGUCUUCCAUGGCUCCACAGUCUACUAUUGCCAACUUGACUAGAGCUCUGCUUCUGAGGCCAGAGCCUUGCAUUCACAUUCAAACACACACAGAAUUCACACAGAAUUUCAUUGGAAUUUCUGUUACUUUAGUGUUACCAGGUUGUUAUAGUAUUAUGUUAAUAGUAAAUAUUUUAGCUUAUACAUAUUUGUAUGUGCGUAUUUUUGACAUUAAUUGGAUUGGUGCGUCCUUACAAAUUACCAAGAUUAUGAACAAAAUAGACAUAAGGCAGCCCACUCAAAAUUAAAUGCCUGUUGCUAUUUGUGAUUUAAAACCACUAGAUAAGAUGGGGCUUUUAUUACAGUGGUAACAUUAUUCUUUUAUGUUUGUUGCGUGGAGUUGUAUAACCAGGAUGAUCCUUAGUCAGAUUUUUACAGCACUGGGGCAGAAUUAAUGAAAAUUAGCACUUCUAAAAGAAACGCUUCAGUUAAUCCAGCAUCGAUCGUGUAUUGCUCCACCCGCCGGCAUGUUUAGUGAUGGAAUGAUAUCACUUCUGAGCCAGUUAUGGGAAAGCUGCGUUACAGCAAAACGAUCAUUUGCACAGAAGUGAAGAAAGUGUCACAUCAUUGUGAAAGUCACUACGUAAAGCGUCGGCCACCACACUUGUGACAUUAUCAUAUGUGGUGGUGAGGAGACCUCGGGGAACCGUUUCAAUCACUUAGGGGGCUAUGAGAAGUUCAUAGAAAAUACUGCUCCAGACAGCUUAUGUCACGAUCGCGGGGAAGGCGAAUGGAGCCGUACUUACGGGUAAAUGGGGUUUUAUUGGUCAAGGGACAGACAGGUAGGGACAUCCACGGACACUACAAUGACGGAUCUGACAAGACGUACUCAGACGCGGACUAAAUACACAAGACAAGCUAAGGGUAACAAGCAACAGGUGAGAACAAUCAGGCAUAAACACGAGGUAACGAGGUGGGCGUGGCACACACAAGGAUCGUACGGAGCUGGGCGUGACAGCUUAUCUAAUGACAGAAAAUGGAACAUUUAGGUAGGUGCUGUGUAAGUAUUUUAGCGCAAAGUCAAAUAAGUUUUUAAUUUACAUCUUAAGUUUCACAUGUGAUUCAUUAAUCUGUCAGUCACUAAUGUCAGAAGUUUUAAAGUAUGGAAUGGAUACCAUUGAUAUAAACGGUUCAAAUGUGGCCCUGGAUUUGAUCUUAUCAAGGCAGAAAAUAGAAAAUUAAUCCAUACUAAGGGGCCCAUAAUGGUGUUGACUAAAGUGAGUUUCCCUUGUGCUUAACCAAGUCUUAAUCCUGUAUAUCUCAGGGUUAUAUGUAGCUUAAAGGAAACUUGUGUCAUAUACCGUGUUGUUUUGGAACUGUGAAGUUUUUAUAUGGGUUUGUGUGAUGUUUUACCUAUAUUUAUAUAUUUAUACAACAGUAGAACUGUAUAAAGCGCAUAUUUAUGCAAUUUAAGUGAAUAGACAGUGUUUAUUUUGUACUGAAUAUUAUUGAAGUGUCUUUAGAAGUCUUGUUUUUGUGAAAAUGCUCAUCUAACAGGUCACCCUCAAUAGGGUUCAGUAGUGAUGCUCGAUCUGAAUGUUGUUGCUGAUCAAGUGCAACUUUUUUCAUGGCUACAUUUUUACUCAUCUAUGCAUGGAAACCUCCAGCAGGACUGUGAACUAGGCACGUACCUUCAGAGUAUAUAGUUACAUGCACAUAACAGAGUGCAUUUGCUUGAGCCGUCAACCCAACAGGACAAUUAGACUGCAGCAGCCAGUCGCAUUAGUAGGAACUGAUAAGUUUCCAAUUUAAAAAUAAAAGUAUGCUGUGAAUAUUACCUGCAAUUUAAAAGUGUUACAAAUUCGGAGAACGUACUGGUGGCAGAUUGUUGCCACCAGAGGGCAGGCAAGAUUCACAUAGAAUGUAAUAGGAAGCAUGUAACAGAUUUUGAUAAGAUGAGCUGGAAUGCAGAACAGUCCUUUCAGCAUAUUAGGAAACAAAUAUUGAAACUUGCUAUUUCAUCCAUCCUUCCAUCAUUUGUCUUUGAACCACUUUUUUGAAGACGUCGAUCAAGUUUGCAGAAAUUUUCAAUGAUAUUCUGUAAAAUUCUGCUCAAUCAGAGUAAUGCAGAAUUCAUUUUCUCAAUAAAAAUCUGCUUCUUUGUUA